CUCCUCCAGUGGACACACCGCCUUGCUGACAGUAAAGGACAAUAUUUGGCUAAAUAUAUAACAGUGUGUGUGUGUGCUGCUAUAUUCCCACUGUCAUCCUGAUGCCCAGCGCCUGCGCCGGUCCUCUGCAGCUGACGUCACACCCAGCAUGGCGGUCAAGGUGCAAGCAACAAAAAGAGCUGACCCCCAGAAUUUGAAGGCAAUUUUCUUGAAGUAUGCCAGUGCGGUGGAGGAUGGGGAGCAUUACAUGACCCCCUGUGACUUUGUACAGAGUUAUCUGGGUCUGCACACGCAACCUUAUCAUAAUCCCAGAACUGUGGAGCUGAUCGCUGGAGUGGCUGACACCACUAAAGACGGACUGAUCUCUUUCCAGGAGUUUCUGGCAUUUGAAUCUGUUCUUUGUGCCCCAGAUGCCCUGUUCAUUGUUGCCUUUCAGUUGUUUGACAAGAAUGGCACAGGAAAUAUCUCAUAUGAGAAUGUCCGUGACAUCUUCAGCCAGACCACAGUGCAUCACCACAUUCCCUUCAACUGGGAUUGUGACUUCAUCCGGCUACACUUCGGCCACGAAAGAAACAAGAAUCUCAGCUACACAGAGUUCACCCAGUUUCUGCAGGAGCUGCAGUUGGAGCAUGCCCGCCAAGCUUUUGCCCAAAAAGACAAGAACAAAAGUGGCACCAUCACUGCCUUGGAUUUCAGCGACAUCAUGGCCACCAUCAGACACCACAUGCUGACCCCGUUUGUGGAGGAGAAUCUGGUCUCAGCUGCAGGAGGCAGCACCUCCCACAUGGUGAGCUUCUCCUACUUCAAUGCCUUCAACGCCCUCCUCAACAACAUGGAGCUGGUUCGCAAGAUUUACAGCACACUCGCAGGCACACACAGAGACGUGCUUGUUACCAAAGAGGAGUUUGCUCAUGCUGCCAAUAAGUUUGGUCAGAUCACUCCAAUGGAGAUUGACAUCCUGUACCAGCUCUCUGGUCUACACUCCCAUUCUGGGCGGCUGAACCAUGCCGACAUCGAGAGGAUAGCCCCGCUGGAAGAAGGAGCCAUGCCAUACCACCUAGCAGAGGCCCACAGACAGCAGGCUCCCGAAACGUCUCGGCCCAUCUAUCUCCAGGCUGCGGAGUCUGCCUACAGGUUUACUCUGGGCUCAAUCGCUGGAGCCACGGGUGCCACAGCUGUGUAUCCCAUCGACCUGGUGAAGACCCGCAUGCAGAACCAGCGCUCCACAGGCUCCUUUGUAGGAGAAUUGAUGUACAAGAACAGCUUUGACUGUGCGAAGAAAGUGCUGCGUUACGAGGGCUUCUUUGGAUUCUACCGAGGUCUGGUCCCGCAGCUCAUUGGCGUUGCCCCGGAGAAAGCUAUCAAACUCACGGUGAAUGAUUUUGUCAGAGACAAGUUCACCACACCAGACAAUACCAUCCCUCUGGUUGCAGAGAUUCUCGCUGGAGGAUGUGCUGGAGGUUCCCAGGUGAUUUUCACAAAUCCUCUGGAGAUUGUUAAGAUCCGUCUGCAGGUGGCCGGGGAGAUCACCACGGGGCCCAGGGUCAGCGCCCUGAAUGUUGUGAGAGAGCUCGGCUUCUUUGGCCUUUACAAGGGAGCCAAGGCUUGCUUCCUACGAGACAUCCCCUUCUCUGCCAUCUACUUCCCCGUUUAUGCGCACACCAAGGAGCUGAUGGCAGAUGAGGACGGAAGGCUGGGGGCACUGCAGCUGCUCACUGCUGGAGCUAUCGCAGGUGUACCGGCGGCUUCGCUGGUAACCCCUGCUGAUGUCAUCAAGACCAGGCUCCAGGUGGCAGCCCGAGCAGGCCAGACAACAUACAGUGGCGUCAUGGACUGCGCAAGGAAGAUCCUCAAGGAAGAGGGAUUUAGGGCAUUUUGGAAGGGCGCAGGAGCUCGCGUCUUCAGAUCCUCACCACAGUUCGGUGUCACCUUGGUGACCUACGAACUGUUGCAAAGAUGGUUCUACGUUGACUUUGGAGGACAUCGUCCCGCUGGCUCGGAGGCCACUCCGAAACCCGUGAUCCAGGACCUUCCCUCUGUGACUGAGGACCAGGUGGGCGGUUACCGCUUGGCUACUACAACCUUUGCAGGUGUGGAGAGAAAAUUUGGACUCCACCUGCCCAAGUUCAAGGCGUCUGGAUCAGUGACAAUCAAACCAGCGGAGUCCAAAACUGAGCCAAUGGCCUCGUAAACGAUUGAGGGCUGCAUGCUCCUCAGGUGUGGUUUCCAUCAAAAUGCUUAUAUUGAACCACGUUUCAAUGCAAUGCAUUUGAACCGUUAUCUUGCUUUGAAUGCUGCAUGAGUUUGGCUUUACUGCUUUGUCUUUGCCUAGCUUGCACAGUUUAUUGUACAUAUUGUACUUCUGCACAGAGGGACAUUAUGAUAUCACAAAGGGAUUGUUACUACUUUAUUUCUGGUGUGCAACAACUUGGUGUGCAUGUUAACUUGUAUUUCAG